GGGGGGACAAUCGAUUUUGGCAAUUUUCGGCUUCCGUACCCGAUGAGGUCGUGGGGUUGGCGGGGUUGAUAAUGAUAUGUUGUUUUUCCUAGACUUGGUUCCAAGUCGUUGAUGGUGGUUUUUAGUCGUCCUAAUAGCCGAUCCCUCCGGAGACUUAUAGAGCGCGUGGUAGCAAAUCUGCGGUAAUUCUGCGUGGCUGAUGCAAAGAAAUAACCACAGUAUCAGACCUGAACCAAGGCUAUAAUAAUGGUUUUCCCCGCAGUCACACACGCCAUGAGAAAUAUAGCAGCGUGAAUUUGUUUUGUCUUCCGGUACAUCUACAUGUAUAGAUCGAGUGUUGAGUCCGUCGGUUUAAAAACCAAACCAUCCUGCAGUGUUUAAUUAAGGAACAUUCAAAGGUGUAUCGGAAAGAGCGACUGGAGACCAUUACACAGACUCUUCAUCAUGGCUACCUCUCACCAGGCAAUGCAGGCUGCAGUCUGUUUCCGUGAGUUAUUGGGGAAGGUUUUUAACGAUCUUCUCGAGCAGGUCCCUGAUCCAGCACCCUCAUUGAGACUUGAUUCGGUCAAAACUUCAUUAAGAAGCAUAUCUUUACUAUACAGGAAGGGGCUAUGUCGACCUAGUCAAUCUGAAAGGUCAAACUGGAAUGAUGCUGCUAAACGAUGCGCUUAUUUCUUCCUCUACUUCACGCAUCAUUGCUAUCUCGUGUACGUCUCCCUACAACAAGUCCGGCCAGUAAGUUGGAAAAAUAAGAGCAUGAUGAAGGUUUGUAGUAUUGGUGGUGGGCCAGGUUCAGACUUAGUGGGUGUCACUAAAUUCCUUCGAGAUGCAAACAGGUUCCCUUCUUCGCUUCUCCAAUGCCUUGUUCUGGAUUUGUUUCCCAACUGGAAACUCACUUGGGAUGCUAUUUACCCAAAUCUACCAGAUGAUUUCCAUGUGACCUACAAGAGAUGCGACCUCGUCAGAGACACAAUACUUCCAAGUGAUGUCCUCAGUUUCAUCAGAGAUGUAGAUCUGCUGACCCUUGUGAAAUCCUACUCUGCUGUAUCAGCGUUCUUCCGAACCGCCCCAUAUCGAAGAGAACUACUGCGUUCUAUUCUCGAUGAGCUGAAGCAUGGUUGUUUGGUGUUGUUUAUUGACAAUGAAUACGAAGAUGAUGACUUCGAGGAGGUGUUCGCAUCCUCCUCCGAUGCUUUUGAAUUGGUAGCUGACUUUAGCGGCAAAGCAAGCUCUCCUCAUGGCGGAUACUACGGUCUCAUAUCAUACUACUGUAGCCUCUUUGAUUACAAACCCAUGCGCUCCUGUAACGUAAUUAUCAAAGUUUUUCGCAAAAACUAUUCAGCCACAAGGUGCUGUCCGGAAAGGUCCUGUGCAAAAAUGAAGAAACUGUUUGACCCAGACACCUUUGAUGCUUCUGAUCGGCGAUCAACCUAUUUCAAUACAUUGCUUAGAUCACCACCACCUUAUGUGAGGAUGGAAUCGCAUCAAGCCAAUCCCCGACCGAAAGUCCGGAGGGCUGCUUUGCAGGAAGAUGACCCUCCUUACCAGCCUUUAAACCGGCCUACAACGGGACAGGCUAUCCUGCUUGUGGCUGGUAUUGUUGUUUUUGGUUUUUUUUCUUAUGUGUUGAGGCAGUUCCGAUAAAUAUGGAUGUACAUUGUACAUGCUUACAUUUUCCACCUGAAACAUAGAUUGUUUGAACCUAAAUCACCAUCCAACACGUGAAUUGCUUUUUAAAGAACAUAUAGGGGGCCUAUUUCUCAAUUAUUUUAAAUCGUUGAGGUAUGCUUAUCAACAUUUUGAAUGUCAUUUGUUGCUUUUAAAACAUGCAUUUAAAAUUAUACGCUAAUAGUAAUUAUGAAUUAUCCCAUUCAAGAGGGUUUUGCAAGAGUUCUAUAAAGGACACAUGAAUUAUAUAAUAUGAUCUUAUAUAAAACAACUUGUUUUACUUUUAAGGACUUGUAUUUCUCAAAGUGUUUGUUUUAUAUAGCUUAAACUAUAAAUCAGCCAUACUUGUGUUUAAACUUACGCUGAAAACUUACGCUGAAAUAAAUUAAAUUAAGCAGACAAAAAAACAAAACAUCCCCCCCCCAAAAAAAAAGGGGGAUGGGAGACAUAAAGGGGAGAGCAAGUAACACAAAUUAUCAACACAAAGUGGUUCGGCAUUUAAAGUGCAGGGAAAUAUUGUUAUACAUCUCUCUUGUUUAUAAGAAUGCUGCUGCUUUAAUUUCGUCUCGAGCUAAGGGCACAGGCCUGUAUUUAUACUACUUGGCUUAAAAACGACUGGAAGUAUUCCCCUUACAUCAUGCGAGCCAGGGUAAGUCACCAACUCUCGUUGGUACCCAUUUGUACUCCUGGACGGAGAGAAGCAAUUAUGUGACACAAGUGUCACAAAUAGGCUAGGAUUCAAACCCAUGUACAUUUAUACAGAACUUGAUUCGACUGCCUUAGAUCACUUGGCCACGACUCUCCAACCUUUAUUUAGACCAAGGCCCUAUUUUAUAAAGCUGCUUAAGCAGGAAACUCUGCUUAAAGUGUUUCUGCUAAGCAGAAAUGAGCAGGAUCAGACAC